CCCGCCCAAUUCUAAUGCUACCUUACCUUAGGUAAGCUAUCUCCGCACGUGACGACGUGACAGCUCUUACGGCAGGCCAGAAGAAGUACGUACCGGCUACCGGGACAUGCCGUUCCAUCACCAAAAUUUCCGUCUCUGCGUCUCGUGCUCCUGAAGCUGUCGCCAUCCCUCCAGCUCUAAGUCCGCGACCAUUCAGCCCCAAUUAGCCCAACAUGAGAGGUAGAAAGCCAAGGUGGUACAACUUGGUGAAGCCAAAAAUUCGCCAGUCAUGGAAUAAGUACAACCUUUACAACCUCGCCACAUUGAAGUUGAAACGAAACCGUAUCUCGAGAACCUUCUUCCAGCAGAAAUGGACCGCCAAGUCAAUGACCCGUGCCUACCACGGCGCCCAUGUCAAGGAGGCGGAAUGGUCGCGCAACUUCUCCCGCCGCCUCUUCUCCGCCGUCGAUAUGCCGCCUGAGUAUCUCGCCAAGUACGACGGAUCAGAGCACUCGGCCGGCCGCGGUUCCGGUCUGCACGCCGAGCCGGGAUCAGAGGACCGCACGCCCACCGCAUAUAAAUUCUCCAAGCUCGAAUCAGCCAGAGAAGAUCGUUCCAGAGAGGAACGCACGAGAGGGGGUGAACCACAGACCGCGAUGCUUGCCCGUCCCGUCCAGCAAAUGACGCCCUACAUGCAGAUGGCGUUCGCCCCCCUCGAGAGGAGGCUGGACAUCGCCAUCUUCCGCGCCAUGUUCGCCAGCAGUACGCUCCAGGCAAAACAGUUCUGCACACACGGCGCCGUCAAGGUCAACGGCAAAGUUAUGCGCUAUGGUGCCUACAAGCUCAACCCCGGCGAUAUGUUCCAGGUUGAUGUCGAUAAUGUCCUCUUCGCAACCGGCCGGGCCAAGACUCCCAAGCACGCACUCUGGCUCGCCGGUAAAGACUAUGAAUCCCUGAACUCCGGCGACAAGGGCAACAAAGAGGCGAUUGAGGAGGGUGCCUCAGAACAGGAAUCCGGUGACGCAGCACUCGAGGCUCCCGAAGCCGAAGCCGCCGUCGAAGAAGCCGAUGCUGCCGCAGAAAGCGGCGAGGCCGCCGCCGAAGCAGCAGAAGCAGCCGCCGACGGGGAGGAGGGAAGCCAGCUCUCCGAGGCAGACAAGUCCGCCCAGCUCCACAAGCAGCUCAAGUCCCUCGUCCGCUCCGUCAAGACCCUCAUCAACGACGGAACCAACGGCUUCACACCUAGCAAGAAGCGCCAACUCCGCGCCUUCAUGGCCGAGGCCAAGCGCGCCAUUUCCACAUCGGGCCGCGUCACCGACUCCGCCUCGCUCGACCACGUCGGCGUAAUGGACAACCUCACCGCCCUCCUCAAGGACUUCAAGCUCGAGGGCAACAAGGUCGAGGCCGUCGCCUCCCCCGAAGCAGAGGCCAAGGACGACCACUCCAAGCCGACGAGCGCCAAAGAAAAGGCAGAGACCGAGGCCGUCAAGGACCUCAUCACCUCAAAGGACGUCCGCGGCGCGCUCAGCGGCCUCAACAAGGCCGAACAGGCCGCCUUUGCCGACCUUCUCCGCCAGAACGCCGAGAACCCCAUCGACGAGUCCAAGCCCUACUGGACCCCCUGGCAGCCGCGCCGCUACAUGGCGCCCUUUGCCUUUAUCCCGCGCUACCUCGAGGUGAACCAGAACAUCUGCGCCGCCGUCUACCUCCGCCACCCCGUCGCGAGGCGCGGUGUGGCCGAGGUGCCCACUCCCUUCACCUACGAGACGAACCAGUUGGCUUUCAACUGGUACCUGAGGAGGGGUUGAGCGUGUGUGUAGAGAUGUAGGUGUCGUGCCUGGUAGUGGUUGUGGUUGUGGUAGUGGUGCAGCAGAGGAGAUGGCCGCUGGAAGGAUCAGACGGCAGUGUACAACAGGACAUGGAUCCCCAAAACUUGUAGGACUGCAUGUAAAAAGGUGUAGACGUAGUCGUCUAUGUACAUCAUCAAGGGAAGAGAAAUUAAACAUACUAAACAUACUGUGUCGCAAAACCCAUAAUUCUAUGACAAUGUUACCAGCGGUUCUUGUAAGCUGCAGGAACAUCAGCAGUUUGUAGUUUUAACCCACCCCCUCGGAAGGAGCAAAUGAGAGCA